AUGCUUCUUUUUUGGUGACAUAUCCUCAAAAAGGGAUCCCAAAACAUACUUGGCUUAUAUAUUUGCCUUGUAUGAUCAUUACCGGAGAACAUACCUGUUGAACAAUGGCGAAAGUCCUGGAAAUGCUGGGGUGCCCCUUGUUAUUAACACAACAGGCUGGGUGAAAGGUAUUGGCUAUGACAUUCUUGUGGAUAUUCUAAAAUAUAUCUCUCCUACCCAUGUUGUUAAGAUUUGCAUAUCAGCUGAGAGCAAGAAUCUUCCAGCUGGUGCAUUUUGGGUUGAUGAUGGUGAUGCUGCUGUUGCAACUCUAAUUGAGGUCAACUCUGCUCGUCAGGACUCUUUUAACAGAUCGGUUCUUGUACAGAAGGAUGCACGUCUUCUGCGUGAUCUGCGUGUUAUGGCCUAUUUCAGACAAUGCUUUCCAAGUGAUAUGCAAAUCACAACAAUCAAGGAACUCUCUCGAGCAUUAGCUGCCCACCCUCCAUACGAGAUUCCUGUAUCAAGUAUCAAAAUUAAACACCUUCAUUGUGAGGUUCCUAAGAGUGAGGUUUUCUACAGCUUGAAUGCAACCAUUGUUGGUUUGGCAGUUGAUUCUGAAUAUUCUGAAAGUUUUCCUGACUGCAUGGGUUUGGGAAUAGUGCGUGCCAUUGACACUCUGAAGCAUGUACUCUAUGUAAUUACCCCUGUUCCAAAAAGCAGUAUGCAGAAGGUGGAUCUUCUAUUACAGGGGUUUAUCCAAAUACCGACUUGUUUGUUGCAGGUACAAGGCUGCAUCUCACCUUACAUGUCUGCCGAUGUGUUGCCUUCAGCUUAGGCAAUAACAGGGGCUCACCUAUCUGGAUAACUUCGCUCAAUCUUGUACAGCUUAGUAGAAGUGGCUUGAGAAGUUUGGUUAUGCUAAGUUAUAUAUACUUCUUCGACAAUUACCUUAUUUGAAAGGUAGAUUUAAGAAACUGAUGAACUGUUGGCCUUAUAAGGUUGCUAUUUGCUUUAUAAAAGGUUAUUAGGGUGACUUUUGGAUCUU